GGUUCUAUAGACAGUACUUUAUUCUCCUCACUCCCUAAAUGCGUAAGAAUCCUCGAUUCCCCUGUUCGAGACUUCCUUGGACCAUAGCACGUGACGCCAGCUGCAUCACCCCUCUGGUUAUUGAAAGAUGUUACAUUUUGUUGCAUAUCGCACCGUUGGCCGGUCAAAAAUGCUAUCCUCGGUAUAAUCUCCUCUCAUACAUGCAUUCUAUUGCGAAAAGAAGAUCACUUCCUCCGAGUCAAAUCAGUCAGUCCUAUGUCAUGUGCACGUCAUGUGCACGUCAUGUGCACAUCGGAGAAACUUGCUAGUCAGAAAUGGAUAUGUUUAUCCGAACCCCACUGCGACACACUAGCACACACUAGAUCUACCUAGUAGAUGAUGCCAGCUUUGUGGAAAUGCGAUCAUAGCUUUAACGGUAGCUUUAAAACUGCAUUUCUUAUCAAUGAAAUUCUGUACAUCUAAUCCGCAAUUGCCAUACAACACGAUGCGUGAAUUAAUUCCAGCUUUGUUGUUGGCUACAGCCUCAGGAACAUUAGCUAGCCAAAAUGUGUUCAGUGUUCACGAUGACUUGGUUGCAUUCCCACAGCUCACAAUCAAUAGUAUGAAGUAGUAUUCACAGAGUCCUUUCAUACGGGCGAGGAAGCAGAUUUUAUCGUCAAUCAUCCCUAUGCACCUGCCAAUAUAGUUCAACCUCCCGAUCCUAAAGGCAUACAAUCAUCUCAACACCCUAUCCAAGAUGAUUCCACCGAUCAUGAAUCCGAGCCCCCCAAACAGACCUACGAGCUCAUGCUUCUACAUGGUGAAGCGCAUAUAUGCACAAUUCCCAUAGUUUCUCUACCUCCGCGAAACGAAACCUCAGAAGCCGAAGCUCGCGCUGCUGAACAGAAAGAGCUUGCUAGAGCAACCGAUCGUGGUUGGGAAUUACUUCAAGAUUUGGAGAACAACUGUCUAUAUUUUGUAUCUGGAUGGUGGUCAUAUUCUUUCUGCUACAACAACGAAAUCACGCAAUUUCAUCAACUACCCGCACAACCCGGAAAGGCGGCAUUCCCACCCCAGCCGGAUCCAUCAGCCCAAGAAUUUGUUCUCGGAAAAGCAAAGACAUCACCAAAAAGCAAGAGUAAGGAGGAUGAAUGGGGCAACCAAAUAGAAGCGCAUUCGACACCCAAAAAUGGGGAAUCACCAAAAACAGAACUACAAGUCAAGGGUGACAUGCGCUACCUCGUUCAAAAGAUGGAAGGUGGCACAAUUUGCGAUCUCACAGGCAAGCCUCGCCAAGUCGAAGUUCAAUUUCACUGCAAUCCCAACGUCAAGGAUCGUAUUGGAUAUAUCAAGGAAAUGACCACAUGCUCAUACCUGAUGGUCGUAUACACACCCCGCCUUUGUGACGAUGUAGCAUUCAUGCCACCCAAAGCAGAGAAAGCCAACAGUAUAGUCUGCAAACCUGUAGCCACAGAUUACUAUGCACUCCCAUCCCGUACUGAUCCCAACUUUAUCACCUCUUCACCCUCCUUGUCCAUUCCUACAAACCCCGUAGUCAUUGGUGGUGUAACCGUCGGCGCAGGUAAAUUUGUCGGCAAAGAAGGACAACGUCUACCCAUCCCCACAAACUUUGGAGAUGGUGACAAUGAAAGUCGAACAGAAAUCAUCGCACGCGGCAAAAGCAAGGCCGAGGGAGGGAAGGUCGAAGUGAUUAGUCAGAAAGCACUGGAACAAUUGGAUCUAGACCCGAAAAUGAUCGAAAAGUUACAAGAUGAGGUCAAGAAGUUGGCAGGAGAUAAGGGCUGGAAAAUUGAAGUUGUCGAUGCCCCAGGGCAAGUUAGAGAAAUUUUGGGGAUUGUAGAGGAUGAUGGAGGACAGGGUCAUCAAAAGGGACCCGGAAAGCCUAUCGAGGGGGAUUCCAAAAAUGAUGGUGAUAAGGAUGAUAAUAAUGUAUAUGAAGGUGAAGAUAGUGAGGAAGGUAGUGAGGAAGGUAGUGAGGAGAUAUUCAAGGAUGAAUUAUGAGGCUUCAUAUCUUCUAUUUAAAUGGGAACUCGGUCGGGGGGCGUAACGGGACUUUUUCAUAGAUAUCAUGUAAUAAAUUGGGAAAUAAAAUAUGGUUGUACAUAAACUUAUGCGAUUUUAUUUUGAUCAUAAAGCACUUUGUAUUUGUGCAUUUAACCAAUGUAUGCUAAGGGUCCUUUA